AUGGAGGGCUUUGUCUACCCACCAUUCAGCACCUACCAGAGCUUUAGGGACCAGACCUUUAGGGGUGGCAUGACACCAGGCCGUGGCGGGGACCCAGUGCUGAAGCAGCCCAGCUGGAAGCAGAGCAAGAGCAGUGGGCUCGGUCCCUUCCUUGGGGGGCCCCCCACCCCGCUGACCUCUGAAUACCUGGACAGCUACCGCCGGGCCCACCUGAAGGCCCUGCUGUCGCAGGUGAGCCCAGGACUGACCCCACGGCUUCGCCGAGCCAACACCAGGGAGGUCGGGGUGCAGGUGAACCCCCGGGCCGAUGCUGCUGUGCAGUGCUCGCUUGGUCCUCGCACACUGCCCACCGGCUGCCCUCUCAGCCCUGUUGGCUUCUGUGCCCGUGGGCGCAUGGCCCUCUACUCACCUGUGCUGGACCGCCGCCUCUUCACGCUGCCUGAAGCUGCGGGGUCCCAUGAGAAGGAUGAGGUGGCUGUGGCCACCCCUGAGGAGCAGAAGGCAGAAGAUGGUGGUGGGGAGCAGCAGGAUGAUCAGGCAGCAGCCAUUCCGCCGACCGAGGGGCAGUCGAAGGCGUCACGGGAAGAAGCUGCAGCCCCUGGCCGCCGGGCAGCCUUCCAGUUCUUGGAGCAGAAGUACGGCUAUUUCCACUGUAAAGACUGCAAGACCAGAUGGGAGAGUGCUUAUGUGUGGUGCAUUUCUGGAAGUAACAAGGUGUACUUCAAACAGUUCUGUCGCAAAUGCCAGAAGGGCUUCAAUCCCUAUCGUGUGGAAGCAAUCCAGUGCCAGACCUGUUCGAAGACUCGUUGCUCCUGCCCUCAGAAGAAAAGGCACAUUGAUCUCAAGAGACCUCAUCGCCAAGAACUUUGUGGCCGCUGCAGAGGCAAGAGGCUGUCCUGUGAUAACACUUACAGCUUCAAAUACAUUGUCUGA